UCAUGCAUCAAGCACCCCACACAAUCUACAAGCAGAGAGAUAAACAGAGGCAAAGGCAAACAGAUAGAAGAUGACUUGCUUCUUCUCAAAGGGGUCUAUUCUAGUCAUUCUCCUUUUAGCAAUUUGCCUAGUUAGUGAAGCUCAGCAAUGUCGUCCAAGCGGAAGGAUUAGAGGAAAGAAGCCCCCUCCUGGACAAUGUAACCAGGAAGAUGACUCUGACUGCUGCAAAGCUGGAAAAAUGUACCCAACAUACACAUGCUCACCACCAAUGUCAGGUAACACCCAGGCUUACCUCACUCUCAACAGCUUUGAGGCAGGCGGUGACGGAGGAGGCCCAUCAGAAUGUGAUGGCAAGUACCACAAUGACAACACUCCAGUUGUGGCAUUAUCUACCGGAUGGUAUAAUGGUGGAUCACGAUGCCUUAACAACAUCAGAAUUAAUGGUAAUGGGCGCAGUGUGGUGGCCAUGGUGGUGGAUGAGUGUGACUCGACUGAGGGAUGUGAUGCGGACCAUGAUUAUCAGCCUCCUUGUCCCAACAAUAUUGUUGAUGCCUCCAAGGCUGUUUGGAAAGCCUUAGGUGUAUCUGAAGACAACUGGGGUGGUUUGGAUAUCACAUGGUCCGACGCUUAGUUAAUCGGUUUGAUGCUGUUUAGUUUUGUUGUUUUAUGUGCGUCCAUGUAUUUGGAAAGUGUCAUAUGUACAUAUUAUAGAAAGUCAAUAUGUUAAAUCUUCUGUUAUCUUAUACUUAAAAUUAAGUUUGUUGUGAAAUAUAGAACAAUAUCAAAAAUGGACUUAAUCA